AUGAUAACCACUGGCGUAUGCUAUCAGGGCAAUAGCACACACAGGAAAGCAUUUAAAGGGCCGUCUGAGCCCCGCUCUUCACUUGCCACUUUUACAUCUGCUGGCGAUUUCUUCCAACUCGUUUCGACAAUGGGUGAGAACAAUACAACAUGCGAGAAACUUUCAAGCAGUGUGCCCAAAGGAACCUGUUGUCAGACGGCUGUCAAAAGCGCACUUUCAAUCGGCAGCCCCUCGUUCCUUCUGGAUCCACAUCAACUGGCAAGCACUCUCCAAGCCAAGUGUGGCUCUAUGGUCAUGACUCAUGCAUGCGAAGGGGAACUCAAGGCACGUGCGCAUUUGCUUAUGUUAGGACCCCACGCUGCUUUCAGAAACAUGGACUCCGAGAAUUUACUUGCCGACUUCCACCCGAAGACGCCACCCAACAGCCCGCGUAUGGCUGCUUCAGAAGCUGUUCCGAUUGAGCAGGUAUUUAUCUUGGAGAGCUAA